AUGGGCCCCGCGGCGCGGCUGGCGGCGCUGCUGGCGCUGCUGGCGCUCCGGGCAGCGGACUCGGCAGCGGCCGCGGCGCGCGGGGACACGUUCUCGGCGCUGACCAGCGUGGCGCGCGCCCUGGCGCCCGAGCGCCGGCUGCUGGGGCUGCUGCGGCGCUACCUGCGCGGGGAGGAGGCGCGGCUGCGGGACCUGACCAGAUUCUAUGACAAGGUGCUUUCUUUGCAUGAGGAUUCGGCAACCCCUGUGUCUAACCCUCUGCUUGCAUUUACUCUCAUCAAACGCCUACAGUCUGACUGGAGGAAUGUGGUACAUAGUCUGGAGGCCAGUGAGAACAUCCGAGCUCUGAAGGAUGGUUAUGAGAAGGAGGAGCAGGACCUGCCAGCCUUUGAGGACCUUGAGGGAGCAGCGAGGGCCCUGAUGCGGCUGCAGGAUGUGUACAUGCUCAAUGUGAAGGGCCUUGCCCGGGGCGUCUUUCAGAGAGUCACUGGCUCGGCCGUGACUGACCUGUACAGUCCCAGACGACUCUUCUCCCUCACAGCAGAUGACUGCUUCCAAGUUGGCAAGGUGGCCUAUGACAUGGGGGAUUACUACCAUGCCAUUCCUUGGCUGGAGGAGGCUGUCAGUCUCUUCCGAGGAUCUUAUGGAGAGUGGAAGACAGAGGAUGCGGCAAGUCUAGAAGAUGCCUUGGAUCAUUUGGCCUUUGCCUAUUUCCAGGCAGGAAAUGUUUCGUGUGCCCUCAGCCUCUCCCGAGAGUUUCUUCUCUACAGCCCAGAUAAUAAGAGGAUGGCCAGGAAUGUCUUGAAAUAUGAAAAGCUCUUGGCAGAGAGCCCCAACCAGGAGUUGGCUGAGGCUGUCAUCCAGAGGCCCAAUGUACCCCACCUGCAGACCAGAGACACCUACGAGGGGUUAUGUCAGACCCUGGGUUCCCAGCCCACUCACUACCAGAUCCCUAGCCUCUACUGCUCCUAUGAGACCAACUCCAGCCCCUUCCUGCUGCUCCAGCCUGUCCGGAAGGAGGUCAUGCACCUGGAGCCCUAUGUUGUUCUCUACCAUGACUUUGUCAGUGACUCGGAGGCUCAGAAAAUUAGAGGGCUUGCAGAACCGUGGCUACAGAGAUCCGUGGUGGCAUCCGGUGAAAAGCAAUUACCUGUGGAGUAUCGCAUCAGCAAAAGUGCCUGGCUGAAGGACACCGUUGACCCAAUGCUGGUGACCCUUGACCAUCGCAUUGCUGCCCUCACGGGCCUUGAUGUCCAGCCUCCCUACGCAGAGUAUCUCCAGGUGGUGAACUAUGGAAUCGGGGGGCACUAUGAGCCUCACUUUGACCAUGCUACGUCACCAACCAGCCCACUGUACAGAAUGAAGUCUGGGAACCGAGUUGCAACAUUUAUGAUCUAUCUGAGCUCCGUGGAAGCAGGAGGAGCCACAGCCUUCAUCUACGCGAACUUUAGCGUGCCUGUGGUCAAGAAUGCAGCACUGUUUUGGUGGAACCUGCAUAGGAGUGGUGAAGGGGAUGGCGACACACUUCAUGCUGGCUGUCCUGUCCUGGUGGGAGAUAAGUGGGUGGCCAACAAGUGGAUACAUGAGUAUGGACAGGAAUUUCGCAGACCCUGCAGCUCAAGCCCUGAAGACUAAAGUGUUGGCAGAGAGAAGUUGGUGGAGUCUGUGGCUUUCCAGAGAAGCCAGAAGCCAAAAGCUAGGGUGAGAGAGGAAAAAGGAGAGAGACCUUCUGGAAGAGGC